CUCUCCACAUUCCAAUGCGGCUCUGGAUGUGAUUUCAGAUCCGUAAUAUCUGCCCACCAUCUCCUCCUCCAUUUCUAUCUCCAUCUUCCCCUACUUCCAUCUCUCCGUCUCCAUCUCCAUCUCCAUCUCCACUCCUCCAGAUCCAUUCUCCGUCGCCGCCGCCGCUCGGACCGCCGGUAUCCUCCUCGCCUCGGCCCCGGAGGUGACCGCCGUUGGUACACGCGCCUAGAUCAGUAGAACACUCGGCCGGCGUCGCGCCGCUUUGCCGUCUUCUCCGGUUCGCGUUCGUCGUUUUUUUUCCUUUUCCGCGUGCUUACCGUGCAGUGAUCGCUGGGGGUGCUCGGCGCGAUCUAUGCCCUGUGGCCGCAGCCUGCGCAGACGAUCCGGUUCGUCCUCUCGCUGAUUCGUGAUUUCCCCGAGAUAUGGAGACGCUCGUAGUGGUCGCGCAGCACCGGAAUCAUCAGUACAGCCGGACGAAGGCGAACGGCGGCCUCGCCGCCGGGUUCGAAUCCUCGCCGUCCAGAUGCUUCCGCGAGAUCAGUUGCCGGACUUUCCAGUCCGGGGCGGCGGGUAUUUUGCCGACCCCGCUGAAGGCUCGUAAAACGGCCGAGAUCGUUCAGGCUCCUCCUGCUGCUGCGGCUGCCGGUUCGGUUUCUGAUGAGACCUACUUGAAACCGAAAGCUGGGAGCACGCCCAUCCCCAUAAAGGCCAAGCCUGUCAAUGAUGAGAAUUUUUUCUAUGAUGAAUUCUCCAGUGGGAGCAUGUCCUUUGCCGAGCUGUGGGCCGGGCCGGCUUACUCGAACUCGCCCCCGCCGAGUUCGUUGCCGAUCCCGAAGUUUUCCCUCCGCCCGAAGAGGACAGUGUCUCUUGAUUUGCCUAGCUCGGCUUCUGACGAUGUGGUGAUGCAUCAUCCCAUUGCGAAAUCUGCUCCUUCUUCCCCUACUGGGGACCGCAAACUAUCCAGUAAGGCUUUCUUCCACAGCGCCGACUCUGCGACUCAGACCCUUCGUCGCAUUCUGAAUCUUGAUGCGACUGAUGACUGAGGCGGUGGGAAGUCCCUGUUGGGGACUUCGUGGAAGAAGGCUUAGCCGUAGAAGCGAAUUUAGAUAGAUUGUACAUAGAGUGAAUAAUUCGGUAGGUAAGGUAGUUUCUGUAGCGUUCUGUCAGCUCAACAUUGAAGUGCUGCGACUUGUGAGUGACCAUGGCUGUGGUUGGGGUUAGUAUAGUCUCCUGGCAAAUGGUAGGGCGGUAUGUACUGCGUAGGUGGUAUGUACUGUGGUGGGGUCGAUAGUCUCUUGGCAGAUGGUAGGGCAGUAUGUGCUGAGUAGAUGGUUUUUGGUUGUUGGAAAUUUCUGAAGAGAUGAGCGAGGUAUUCCGGAUGGCUCUAGUUUGUGACAAACAGUGAUGCUGCAUUGGGAAAUUGGUGGGAUGAAAGGUGGAAGGGGUAAGAAUAUAUGUGUAGCUGUGAAGAAUGCUGGUAGACGUUCUUUUUAGUGCUCGGUGGAUCUACCGACCUCUCAACGUUUCGAGACUGAAGCAUCUAUGUUCUAUUCAGAGGUUAAAUUAUAUAUAAUCUAGCCCUCCCCUUUUGGGAUGUCCUUAUAUAAUCUUAAUCUUGCAAGUCCCUUCUUGACUAGGUAUAGAGAUCUUAGCAACGGCUAUUAUGUAGAUACUGUACAAUCUUCUCUUCAACUCCUCUCACUUCUGACUCUCUGAUACUGAUCUUGAGCAUAGGGUUCUCUCUCUGCUCUCGCGCCCCUCCCUCCCUUCCUCCCUCCCUCACUCUUUGAUGUCCUCAGUGAUGUCAAUCUUCCUGCUUCUUUGUUUAUCCUCCUCAAUUGACUUCCUAGUUGUUUAUCACAGCUAAAUCGGCUGCUGAUAAGUUAACAAUAUUCGUUUCUCAUCUUUGGAUUGUAGUAUCCUCCGAGUUCACCUUCAUGAUGUGAUUCCUUUUAGGUAGGACCUGACUCUUUCAUUCACUGCAUGGGGGUGCUGCCUCCCUUCACCAUCUUUUCUGUUUUUAGAAGGAAAAGUGGGAAGGAGAAGCAAACAUAUUUAUUUUGCCGCUUCUUGCUCCUAACCCUUCCCAAAUCGCGUUGUGUUGCUUUUGUUAUUUCUGAGACCCUCUGUUCAAAUCUUGCUCUCGGAAGUAGUUUCUCUAUCCUGUCAUCCUUGGAGAUCAUUGACCUUACCGACCUAUACACAACUUGCCAGGUUGUGAGAAUCUGGAGGCUGCUUUUUCUAAAAGGAAAUGCUCAUAAGUACAGCACUUUGAAGGGCAAAUCUUUGAAGGGAAAGUACUAGCUGUUUCUUCGGUCCAGUCAGUUGUGUCUUUAGCCACAGUAAGUGUUGUGUAGCUGUGAGAACUAGUUUGUUUCCCUUGUAUGCUGUAUUUCGUGUUGAUCACGGUUUAUCUAUAGAGUUAUCGGCAAGUAAGCACUUGUGGUGGAGGUGUAGUCGUGUUUUUGGAAGUUGAUUGUGCUUUACAUUGUAAAUGCCUUCCUUUAGAUGAAACUCUAGCGUCCUAUCAAGUAUUGACUUUAUAGAAUGGUGGCUUUGCUUUUAGACUCUUUCUAAUUCUCAUGCCUUAUAAAUUAUGGUA